AUGAAAGUUCUUCUGCGCCCGGCCAGUCACUGCCGCCAAACUCGUCAACAAGACGCGCAUGAGAUCGCGACUCACCAGCCCUUCCGACCGCCGACCCGCAACCAAACGGUCUCCGAGCCAGCCGAGCACCGAUUCGUCGCCACGCCGACCCGAAAAAGGCUGACCCAAACCGGAAUGAACCCACUCCUCAUUGAUUGGGGUCAUCUGAUUUGUCCUCUCCUGUCCUCUCGGCCCCUCUCCCUUCAUCAUGAUUUGUCGUCUGGUACCACCUUCCGCCCUGCGCCCUCCUCAGCCUCGCGACUUCGACCGCCCUCUGAUCGGUACAAAGACAAGGACGACCCGAAAGUUUGGUCUCUACACUCGGGACGAAGCAUGCAAAUGAAGUACCGGGUUACGACACACAAUGUUUCUGCAUCUCAUUCCGGCCCGUGA